CUUCUGAUGACGUAAAGACGGCCACCUGCGAAGAAAGAGAUCACCGUCGGAUCGGGACCUGACGGUCCAGAUUGGACCGACCCCGCAUGUGAUGGCCUCACCCGAUUUCAGAUCGUCGAGUUGCGAUGCCAAAAGUGGCCGACACGACACGGUGGCCGAAAGCUUGCUCUCCCAUCUCUGUCCUCGACGAAUGCCGAAAUGCCAACCCUGUCCCCGAACAUAUCCCCAUCAUGCAACGGUCAUUAAAGGGUAGCUUGGGAAUUUUACAUUCCAAGUACGUGCCCCGCCUCUGAAACCCAGAAAAGCACAAACGGAAAAAGAAUCGAAAGAAAACAAAACGUUGGGCAGCGGAAGGGAAUCGGCUGCGAGCGUCGAAGCCCCCCCACCCAUCUCUCUUCCUUCUAUAAGACGAGUUCGCCUGGGCUUGGUCGAGCUCGUUGGUUCCCCAUGGCGAUCCAGGAGAAGCUGAUGCAAGCGGUGGUGGAGCACCGGGCCCAGCUGGCCCUCACCGCCGCCCUCGCCGCCGCGGUCGUCUCCCUCCUCAGCGUCGGCCCCAGCUUCUCCGCCGUGGCGGGCUUCUUCUGGCCGCUCCUCGUCUCCACCGCCUUCCUGCUCGUCGCCGUCGCCGUCCUCCUCCGGAUCUCCCCACCCCCGGGCGAGACAUCCGGGGAGGAGCUCAUCGACUACGUCGCCGGCCGGCCGGAGGAUGCCCAGCUGGCGGGGCCUUACGAAGAGACACCUGACGCCGGCAGGGAGGGGGAGGCGGAGGCGGAGGCCGAGCGAGUGAAGCACCAAAAGUCGCAGUGAGAGAGAGAGAGAGAGAGACAUCAAGCUUUCUCGUGAUCCGCCGGAACAGGCUAGCCCGGAGGAGGUUGGCUUGCGUGGAAGGCUAAGAAUGGGAGAGGCAGUGGGACCCGCUAACGAAGAAGCGCAUGAAGAAUAACGUACCCGUGGAAGGAGGUGUGGUUGGGAACACGAGAAUAAAUUGGUGUCAUGUCUAUUAUUGUGUACUCUUUUUUAUGUUCAUGCCCUCAGAUCGCUUGUAAUAUUACAUAAGAGUCUUAUCCUGUCACAUCCCAUCCUAUUAACU